AAGAGAUUAAGAGAAGAAGAGGAAGCACCUAAACAUCUCACAGUGUAGGAGGAGGAGGAGGAGACACAUCCAUCUGAAGCUGUCUCAGAGGGGGGGUCACACUGAGGUGAGUCCCCCCACCCAGAUCAACGGGCUGAGGAAGGAGGGCUCUCCUGAUCUCCUCUGCCUCAUGUUGAGCAGAGUCUCAGCAGCAGGGAUUAAAUAAACAGCUGAUACCAUUCGUCUCAUGCUGACGUUAAGAGCAGCUCUGAAACAUCUGGAAACAUCUGGAAACAUCUGCUCUGCUCCAGACUAAACACAAGAAUGGAGGGAGGUUUACUUUGUUUGAUAAAAUCACAGAGACCCUGACUGACAGGUGAGAAGAACCUGGAUUACAGAUUCUACACAAACAUCUGCAUCAUCUACAGGAACAUCUGUUUCAUCCACAGGAACAUCUGUAUCAUCUCCUAUAUGAACAUCUGUAUCAUCUCCUAUAUGAACAUCUGCAUCAUCAUCUACAGGAACAUCUGCAUCAUCUCCUACAGGAACAUCUGCAUCAUCUCCUAUAUGAACAUCUGCAUCAUCUCCUACAGGAACAUCUGCAUCAUCUCCUAUAUGAACAUCUGCAUCAUCUCCUAUAUGAACAUCUGCAUCAUCUCCUACAGGAACAUCUGCAUCAUCUCCUACAGGAACAUCUGCAUCAUCUCCUACAGGAACAUCUCCUACAGGAACAUCUGCAUCAUCUCCUACAGGAACAUCUCCUACAGGAACAUCUGCAUCAUCUGUUACAGGAACAUCUGCAUCAUCUGCUACAGGAACAUCUGCAUCAUCUGCUACAGGAACAUCUGCAUCAUCUGCUACAGGAACAUCUGCAUCAUCUCCUACAGGAACAUCUGCAUCAUCUCCUACAUGAACAUCUGCAUCAUCUCCUACAUGAUCAUCUACAUCAUCUGCUACAGGAACAUCUGCAUCAUCUCCUACAGGAACAUCUGCAUCAUCUCCUACAGGAACAUCUGCAUCAUCUCCUACAGGAACAUCUGCAUCAUCUCCUACAGGAACAUCUGCAUCAUCUCCUACAGGAACAUCUGCAUCAUCUCCUACAGGAACAUCUGCAUCAUCUCCUACAGGAACAUCUCCUACAGGAACAUCUGCAUCAUCUCCUACAGGAACAUCUAAAGAAACAUCUGCAUCAUCUCCUACAGGAACAUCUGUAUCAUCCCUUCGUUCUGAACAGGUCACAUUGAUCUUCUCGGCUGUGAUGAGGUCAA